AUGGCGCGCAAGGAGCAGCAUCAGUACAUGACCGUCACCGACCUGAACAAUGAGCACUACACCAUAGCCUGGUACUGGCGCCUCAUUGCGCUACUCGCGUCGUGGAUGAUACUGGGAGGUUACCUUAUCAUACCGCCGCUCUUCCACAAGGAACCCGACCACGCGCUACGGUGCGAGCCACGGAUUCUGACAAUCUUCGUCGUCGCCCUUCUCGUCGCCGGAUACUCGUUCACCAUCCUCCUUUGCUUCGCCGUCAAGUCGAUGAUCUUCCAGUCCGAGUCCAUAUUCAUGCCUGCGCUUGCGUCCUCAACCUUGGGCCUGCUAACCGUUUUCUACAACUGGUUGGUGUACACGAAUUUCGCCUGGAACCAAGCUUCCGUCAUCGCCGUCGCUCUGUCGGGCGGUAUGACGCUGGUUUAUGGCAUCCUCCUCAUCUACACUAACCGCCGUAUCACGCGCCUGCGCGAAAUCUUGAGCUCUCGCUCCAACAACAUGUGGCAGCACAAUAGCAACUACUACGAGAACUGGAUCGCAAACAUGUUCCCAAGUGUUAAGCGCGUCUCGCCUUACUAUUCCCCUCCACCCGACCAGCACAACAUUCCGCCCACUGAAGACGAUCUGGUCAACCAGCAGAUGGCCAUGCUCCUGAUGAACAAGGACCCCGGGCCUUCGCCGGAUGCCAGCCAGAGCACUUUCCGCAUCCAAUUGCCUUAUGGUGAAGAAUCAGAUGGCGAGAACAGCCCUAAUGCCCGUCGCAACCGCUCCAUGAGACACCAGCACUCGCAUUCGGACAGCCGCGGCAUCCUGAUGAGCCCGCCGCGGACACUGCACGAGUACUAUGCCACUCGGACAAGAAGUGGAAGCUACGGCAACGGCCAUUCAUAUGAUGGCAGGAGAGGGAGAGCCGAUGACAGGACUGGAGGAGCCGAGCCGAGAGCAAAAAGCAGAGAAGAGCGGCGGCAGGAAAUCGAGUUGGGAAAUUAUCGCUAA